CUGUCUUCGUUUUACCAUAUAUCUUGUACCAACCUUGUGAUCACAUCUCAAAAUGAGUGGAAGAGGCAAAACCGGUGGUAAAUCCAGAGCAAAGGCUAAGACCCGCUCCUCCCGUGCCGGGCUCCAGUUCCCGGUCGGCCGUGUCCACAGACAUCUGAGGAAGGGUAACUAUGCCCAGCGCAUCGGUGCCGGAGCUCCCGUCUACCUGGCGGCUGUGCUUGAGUAUCUGACUGCUGAGAUCCUGGAGCUGGCUGGAAACGCUGCCCGCGACAACAAGAAGACCCGUAUCAUCCCCCGUCACCUGCAGCUGGCUGUCCGCAACGACGAGGAGCUCAACAAGCUGCUGGGAGGAGUGACCAUCGCUCAGGGCGGUGUGCUGCCCAACAUCCAGGCUGUGCUUCUGCCCAAGAAGACCGAUAAGGCUCCCAAGAAGUAAACGAACCGAACCAUCGUAAACAAACCAACGACUCUUUUAAGAGCGACUCGCUCCUCUGAUAAAGACACCAGUUUCCCAACGUUGAAAUAACCAGACUCUGUAUAUAUCAACACUAACUCGUCUUUAGCGUUAAUUGUAUUAAUGUUGGCAUAAUGCUAUCUCAUGUUCAGUUGCAUAAUAUUCCUCUGACGCCACUGCUCAAUUUAAGCAUGUGAGAAAUGAGCAAGAGCAAAUUCAAAGCCGUAUUUGUUUUCGUAUUCAGUUUUCAAUCCACUUUGAGUUUGUUAGAAAUGGCCACGUGGAAUGCUUUGUUCAGUCUAAAGACUUCAGACAACAAAAAUGUUUUAUUGGACAUCCUCUCACCUAACCAACUCAUGCAAUAAACUUGUGGUUCUGAAGCCAUUUAUGUUAUGUUUUCAAUGAUUUCCAGUUAUUUAAUAAAGGGAGUACAUGAAGUAAAA